GCAGCGCGUGUCGGGAAUCUGCCGACACUCCGGAGCGUCCACCCAGUGGCCGUUCAGGAUCUGCAGCUCAAACUCCCUGGAGGAAGUGGGCGGAGCCAUGAGAGCAGGAAGUCCUUCAGGUGAGACGCCUCCGACAUCAUCCAACCUCAGGAAUGUUUGUCAUUAAUGACGACUCACCGGUUCAUCCACAUGUUUUCCACAUGAAAGCCACUCAUCAGUCCGACAGAAGCAGACACGCCCACAGUGACAGGUGUGGAAGCCAUGUGCUUUGGACUUCAGGUCAGACGUGGAUUUUCCCUCCUCGGCGUCUGUGUUUGAGGUGUGGCCAAUCAUCGCUGUCGUCGUCCAGGGAGUGGGCAGAGCCACAGGGAGCAGCUGGAAGGUUUAUGGCCCCUCCUGGUGUAAAGUCCAGUGUCAGAGCCCACGGCAUCAGAUCAUCAGGAGCCGGUACAGAGCGCUGAACCUCCACCCGACACCACCUCCUUCUCCGCUUCGUCUCUGUUCUGUGUUUUCGUCUCUCGGAUUCGUCGCCACCAUGUCGACGGCGGUGGAAGCGACCGGGUUCAUCAUGUGCGUCAUCAGCUGGCUGAUCACCGGCGCGGCGCUGGCCAACGACUACUGGAAGAUCUCCACGGUGUCGGGCAGCGUCAUCAUCUCCCAGAGGCAGUUUGAGAACCUGUGGCACGCCUGCGCCGAGAACAGCGCCGGCAUCGCCGAGUGUCGGGACUUUGAGUCACUGCUCGGCCUCCCAUCUCACGUCCAGGCAUGUCGGGCGCUCAUGAUCAUCUCGCUGCUGCUCGGUCUUGGAUGUAUGGUCGUUUCUCUGCUCGGUCUCAAAUGCAUCAGGAUCGGAUCGGCCACCGACCAAUCCAAGGCCAAGAUCGCCGUCACCGGGGGAAUCCUGAGCAUGCUGGCUGGUCUGUGCUGUCUGAUCGCCGUUUCCUGGUAUGCCUACAGAGUGGUCCAGGACUUCCACGACCCGUUCUACGGCGGCAUCAAGUUUGAGCUGGGGGCAGGGCUUUACAUGGGAUGGGGCGGAGCCUGUUUGGCCGUGCUGGGCGGAGCUCUGCUCUGCUCUGCCUGUAAGAGAGCAGGAAGUAAAAAAGGUGGUUACCAAGGUAACCAACCCAAGAAGAUUUACACAGCGACGGCCAAGUCGGAUCCAGAUUCGGGUCUGGGCCGGGCCUACGUCUGAACCCAGACCAGCUGUACAUUCACCUUUUCAUCCAAAUCAGUCAAAUCAUCGUUUUAAAACUUUAAUCCAUAAUAAUUAAAAGACGAUAAUUGAU